AUGUAUCCUAUUUUGUUUAAUAUAGAUGUCACUGAAGUAUUAACUAACUCACUACUUUCUAAUUAUACAAUGGCUCCUCUUAAAGAUGAGAUAGUUACUGGAUUUUUUGUUGUUGAUAUUUUAAAAAUAAUUUCACAACUUCUUGUUCUCGUUAAUGGAUCGGCAAAUAAAGAUAACUAUAUUUGGAUGAUACCUAUAAUUAUUCCUUUAAUUUCUUCAAGACUUUUGCGUAUUGGAUUUAUCAAAAUACUUAAAACUAUUAAAACUUUAAAAAUUAUUAUAAAUGAUAAAGACUUGAUUCAACAAAUAGAUAUUCUUGAAAUGUUAAAUGAUCCUGGAACAAGCAAUAUUGGAUUUGAAACUUUUGAUAAAAGAUUGGAUGGAUAUGAUUUAUUAAAAAAAUUUGAUGAGACUAAGAAAUUGCUCAACAAAGAUAUAUUCAAGUCUCUUCUCCUUGUAAAUGACUUUUUUAUUACAAAAAAUACUGAUCUUUCCUGUAAUCAAUCUGCGGAAUAUUCUCUUUCAGAUCUUCUUAUCCACUUAGCUUCUAGCUCAUAUACAGAAGAGUACAAAAAAGAAAUAUUAGCUUUGUAUGAAUCAUUGAUUUCAAGAAGAGUUCGGGCUAAACAAGAAGAUGUGCGAAAUAGUUACAUUAAAAUUUUAUCUACAUAUGUAACAUCAUUUCAAAAUGGUUAUAAAUUCUCUCCUUUAUAUGCCUUGAAAACACUUGCUCCAGAUUUUGAUUUCUUUGAAGAGAUAGUUUCAAUUCAAUUAAAUAUAAAACAGAAAGCAUUUACACUUCUUACAGAUUGGAUUCGUAAAAAUGGGAGCAUGCUAAAUGAAGUUAUUUUUUAUCAAAUUAUUGUUCCUAUUGCUAAACCUUAUAUGGAUGAUAUUCAUAAAGAUAAAACAACAUUAUCAGAUGAAGCAAUAAAGUUGUUUGGUGCUGUUAUAGAACAUACAAAGUGGAACAAAUUUAAUUUUGUUAUAAAUGGACUUAUAGGUAGAUUGUUAAAAACUACUGAAAAUGUUCAAGUUAGAUUACUAGUAAAACAGCUUAAUGUCUGUUUAGAUGGAUUUAAAACAGAUUUGAGAAAUAUUAAAGAGGAAGAAGCAUUAUUUGAUACAUCUUUGGAACGUAAAAGGCGUAAUGAUGAGAUGGAUGAUGUUGUUAUUCAUGAUACGAUAGAAGAUAUAAAUACCUGUGAAGAGGAAGAAUCUUUAGAAAAUAUGGAUGUUACAGAAGAUGAGACAAUAAACGAAAAUAUAACAAAUUAUAAUGAAUCACUUAAAAUUGUAAGACAAUUUGAAUUAUUUACAAUACCAAAAUUAGUUUCCAUUAUAAAUUGUGAUAAUUUAAAUAUCAAAAAAAAUACAAGUGAUGGUAAAAGAGUUUAUAUGGAAGACUAUUAUAUUCUUCGUGCACCAAUAGUUCUUCCACUUGUCAGAGUUUUAAUUAAGAUGCCUGAAUAUGUUAUAAAAAAAUAUAAACAUGGAGUUGUUAGCAAAUUAUGUUCACUACUUAUUUGUCAUACACCAGAAAUUCGUGAAAAAGCAAGAAAAAUAAUGGUUGAUGUUAGUUUAACAUUUGGUCCAUCUUACCUUUCUUUCAUAAUAUAUGAAAUAAGUAGAUUAUUAAAAAAAGGUUUUCAAGCUCAUGUUGGUAUUUAUACAAUUCAUACAAUUCUUAUUAGUCAGAAAAAUCUUAAACCUGGUGAUCUGGAUAAAUGUUAUAAACUUUUAAUUGACAAUUGUUUUCUAGACCAAUUUGGUGUUGUUGCUGAAGAAAAAGAGGUUCAACAAAUUAUUAUAAAAUGUCCAGAAGCUAAAGAAAAUAAAUCUAAAUAUAUUUAUAGAAUUUUAGGACAAAAUUGUAACAUUGAUGCUUUUGAAUAUUUUGAAAUGAUGUCUUUAAAUCAAUUAAAUGAAACUCCAGAUUCAGAAACAUUUAGAAAAAUUUAUAGUAAUUGUGAAAGUUUAGCUCAUGGAUCAGCUAAAAAUAUUUGUAUAUCUCCUAGUGAUAUGAUGAAAUAUGCUUUAAGUAUUUUUGAUAAACAUCUAGAGAAUUGUUUAAAAAAAAAUAAUUCUCAAAAUGAUGAGGAUGAAUGGGCAAAUCGUAGACCAAGAGAUUGUUAUUUACUUGAAGCAGAGCCUAAAAGAUUAGGACAAAUGGCAAAAACUGCACAAAAAAGUAGGAAUACAGUAUUUAUUGCACUUGCACUUCAAUUAGCUGCCGGUACUUUAGAAAAGAAAAAAUUAGAUUCAAGUAAAGAGGAAAAUUUAAAAAUGAUUGAGAAAUUUGUACCAAUUUUACUUAAAUGUAUGGAGUUACGUAGUGACAAACUUCAAAAUUAUAGUUUAAAUUGUAUUCUAAAUCUUUUUAAUAAUUUUGAUCUUCCUGUUCUUUAUAAUCAUAUGAAUGACUUUUUAAAUCAAUUGUUUGUAAUUCUUAAAAAUGUUUCUGGCGUAACAUCAACUAAUAAUGAUUUAAAGCAAAAAUUAUUUGUUGCCUUUAAAUUGUUUGUAGGAAACAAAAAACCAGUGUCUUUUUCAGAUAAACAAAUAAAAAUUCUAUUUGCAAAUAUCAAGAUAGAAAUGUUUUCACAAAGUGUUCAAGCUAAUGCAAUGAAUAUUUUAAAAGAAGUAGUAAAAUCAAAAAUUGGUUAUGAUCAAAUUGGAGAAAUAAUGGAAUUUUGUAUAUCACAGGCUAUUCAAAGUACAAUGGAAAAAUUACGUGAUGCUACAAGGAAUGUUAUAAAGGUAUAUGUUAAACAUAAUCCUAAAAUUGAUCACAGUAAAUUAAUGUCAUUUGUUAUGGAUCAAUUUCAAUAUUCAUUACCUCAUGAUUAUUUAGAUAAUUCUACAUGGGAUAAAGAGGGUUUAACUUGUUUUAUACGGUUAUCAUUACUUUUUGAUGAUGAUAAUGAUGAAGUUCAAAAUUAUGCAAGAUUAACAAUGGUUAAUCUUUUUGAAAAAUCAUCUGGUUCUGUUCAAUCUGAUAUAAUGGAGGGAAUAAUGAAACUUAUCUCUAGUAAAAAGAUUCAAAUCUUUUUGUCGGGAAUGAAAGGAUUAGUUUCUAUAUCACGUUCUUCCUGUUCAAAAAAUAUUCCAAAAGAAUUGUUAGAUAAUUUUAUGAGAAUUAUCAAAAUAAAAUUUGCUAAUGCAUCAACAAUUUUUACAGACAAGUAUUUUGAAGUAUUUAUUCAAGAAUUUUUUAUGUUUUUUGAAAGAAUGCAUUCUCACUAUGAAAUAAAAGAUGUUUUUGAUAACGAGUUUCUGGAAAUAUUACUAAAUAUAACAAUAAGUGUUGAAAAUGAACAUAUUAUUCAAAAUGUUUAUAAACUUUUUUUUAUAUAUUUCAAUUUAAAUCAAUUAGAAAGUAAUUGUUAUGAGAAGUUUUUUGAGGGAAUCCAUUUUCAAUGUCAAAGUUAUACUUUUAACCUUAAAAUUGUUAAUGUUAUAGCAAAAAAUUUAGUCUUACUUAUUAGUAAGUCUAAUGAUGAUAAUUUUAAGACAAAAAUUAUAAAAUUACUGGAUGAUAUUGGGAAGGAAGAUUUAAAAACUCCUACUACAACAUUUACCAAAAGAUGUCUGACACUUCUUGUCCUCCAACAUCUUAUUAUAAUAAAAGAAAAUAUCAGUGAUAAAGAAAUGGAAUGGAAUAGAAUGUUGUUUGAUACUUUAUUUCAUUUUAUUUAUAGACACGAUGUUAUUAAAAAAAGUGGAUCACUUGAUGUUCUACCCACUCAUCAAUCAGAAGUGAUAAAAGAUUUUGAAGAACUUGUCAAUGUUAACAUAAAAAAAUUUAGUUCAUUGUUAGGUGGUGAAUAUACCACGCGACUUGGUAUAAUAAAAAAUCAAUUAGAAAAUAAAAGAUUAGAGAGAAAGAAAGCUAAAUUUGAGGAGAGAAUUCGUGAUCCUCAAAGAGCAGCAGAAAAAAAGAUUUCAAAUAAACAAAAACAAAUGGAACGUGAAAAAUUGAAAAGGAAAAGAGUUCAAGAAUUAAAGUCAGCUGGUGUUUAUGAACACAAAAAAAAGAAAAAAAAAAGUGUUCAAAUUUCUUUUAUUGAAUAA